AUGGCCCACAGCUAUUGCAACAAUGAGAACAAGAAGAAGAAGAAGCAGCCAAAGUCGAACUCGAUGAUUGACUCCCUACCUGUGGAAAUUCUUAUCGACAUCCUUUUGAGACUGCCGGUAAAUUUGGUUUGUUGCAUCCGAUGUGUAUCUAAGGCCUUGUUAAAGACAGUUGACGACCUCUCUUUCGCCACACUGCACAUGCGGCGUCGUGUUCUUACUACUUCUUGUAAUACUACCCCUGAAGUUCCUCGACUUGUUCUUCUUAUUGACUCUCACUUUAUGCAGAUGCACCCAUUGAAAUACAAUGGCAAGGAUUUGAUAAAGAGCAAACAUGCAAUUGUUUCCGAUUUUAGGUUAAGACAACGUUAUUGUUAUUAUCCUGCUUUUGUUUUCUGCAACUUGUUUGGCUUCAAGGAAAUUUCUUUUCAUGCGAAGUAUGGAAGGUCAUGCUUGUUGUUGAAUCCUUUCAAGGGAGAAUUUCUAGUGCUCCCAACAGCAAGUGACGUCCAAAUUUCAACCAAUAGUUCCUUCGUCGAUGACUGGUACGGCAUGGGAUUUGAUAAUAUAACUAACACCUACAAGAUCUUUCGUGUUUCUUGCCAAAAAGAGGACUUCAAAACCCACAUGGCAACCCACGUUCUUGUAUUGGGGACAAGCUCAUGGCGGGAGUUAUCCUCAAUUCCUCCUAGUUGUCUAACCCACAAGUCGACAUAUGCACAUGGAGACAUGCAUUGGUUGGUUAUUGAAGAUGAUUUUUGA